UGGAUGUCGAAGUGUUUGUUGUGGGAAGAUGGCGGCGGCGGGACCGAGGAGGCGGCUGCCGGGGACGCUGUGCUGAAGCCUCGUCGGGGGCUGCUGCCGAGGGUACAGCGGCGCGUGACCUACAGAACAGAGUGCCAUGGCGUCCGAACAGAAGAUUGUGCCAUUGGGAGAGGCCCGGGAACCCCCCCAGGCCAUCACCAUCACAAUUGUGGAUCCGUCAGCCUUGGGGAAUGCCUCCCUCGACUCCUCUUUGGUGGCUUCGGUGGAGACUCAGGACAGCUCAGACCCCAGCAGCAUUGUGAUGGUAACAGGGGAGGAACAUGACGCAAAGGACAUCAUGCAGACGGUCACAGAAACACACAUGGGAACAGAAGAUUUGCCUAUAAUAUCCAGCAUUUCAAACCGUGAAGAUGAGGAAGAGGACCCAAUCGUGCAUGAGACCAAGCUGUCGGAGAGUUACGAUGGCGGAGAAGAGGAAACGGAAACGGAGACCAGAGAGGCGUAUGAAUCCAUUGGACCUCACUGUUUGGUCUGCAACUUAGACCUGACGUCGAAUGAGUCCGACGAGCAAGUACCAGUGUUCAAGACUCAGACGACCACCACACAGAGGCGGGUGGCGGUGUUCCUCUCCAGCCUCAUCGGACAGAAGCUGACGUCUCGGAAGGCUCACAGCGACAUCCUGUGCCGGCGGUGCUUCAGUCUCUUGGACCGUGUAGACUCGCUAGAGGUGGAGAUUCGGGAGACCAAGGAGGAGAUUGUAAAUAAGUACCAGGAGACAGUGUCGGCAUAUGGAGGCCGGGCGAGAAGAAGAAAACCUGCCACGGCCAAGAAGACGGACUAUGUGUUUCCAAAGGUUGAGCCUGAAGACGAGGCUGACCAGCUGCUGGACAUGGAGCUGGACAGUAACUUUGAGCCCCAGGUGGAGGACUUAAUGGAGGAAGACCCGGGCAUCCAGGAUGAAGAAUGGGAGCCGGAAUUCAAGAAGCCAAGGAUAAAAAGGGAAAAUACAGACCCAGCUGACACUGGUAGUCCUCCUAAGAGAAAGCGAGGCCGGCCCAGAAAGGAUUCCACCAGGUCCAAGGGGAGCGAGGAUGCCACACAGCCAGUGGGGCAGGAGGAGGAGGAGGAGGGGGACAUCUCUCGGGUGCUGGAGGUGACGCCGCGCUUGAAGCCCUUCAUCACGAAAAGUCAAGAUACGUUCAGUCGCCCUUUCCUCAGUUGCAACUCAUGUAGCCUCGCAUUCACCACCAUGCGCAGCCUCUUUGCACACCGCUGUGAUUAUGUGUGCAAGGAAUGUGGGGCGGAGGAGAGCAGCAUAGGGGCUCUCACACGGCACUUUCAGUCGUGUCCCCAGCCACCUCCACACCAGCUUAAGUCAACCUCGUUUUCAUGUAAAUAUUGUAAAGCAGUGUUUCAAAAAGAGCACCAGCUACAGCCCCAUAUGGAGGAACACACAAAUGAGUGCCUGAAGCUGUACUCCCAGCUGCUGAAAGAGCUAGGUCUGGCCGAGGCACCAGUCCUCGAAGUCCAGCCGCCACUCAAGAUAGGUAGACCUAGAAAGAUGAGUGAUUGUCCAAAAUGUGAUUUGAUUUACAGCUCAGCAAGUGACCUCACUAGACAUCUAAGACAGAAGCAUGCCGACACAUUGCCUCAUGCCUGCAGGCUGUGUGCUGACCGCUUCCAAUUCAAGCGUGAGCUGGAAAGUCACAUUGUAGAACACUUUCUGGGCUCCUUUAAAUGUGACUUCUGUGGGGUCCACUUUGGCCUCAAAUAUCCUUUUUUGAGGCACCUGGAGGCUCAGCACCCCGGGGACUUCUUGCUGAAGUGUGAGUUUUGUGAGUUCACCACUGGCAGCUUCCAGGAAUACAGGGCCCAUCGACGGGAGCCCCACGAGGCGGGAGGCCACGGAGAGGUGCCAGCAGGGUGCCAGCACUGUGAUGAGCUUGUGCCACUUGAUGAACUAGAGGAGCACACAGAAGAGCACAUGUGGCAGCAAGAACCACAGCCUUUGCCAGCAAAGCCAGUGAGGGCGGGGGGUGGGAGUGACACCCUCAGAAGGCGGCGGGGACGGUCUGGGAAAAAGUUGCAGCGGUGCUUUGAGUGCUGUAUUACAUUCUCCAGUCCUGCAGCCCUCUCGCGCCACAACCAUGACCGGCACCCUUACAAGUACUCAAAGCAGUGCAGUGUGUGUGGUCACAGGUUCAAGGGGGAGCGUGCCCUCCAGCUACACCAGGAAGGCCACCAGACGGGCAGCUGCUGGUGUCCCGUGUGCAAGAUGCGGUUUGGCCAGCGACAACAUGUGGAGCAGCACUUCCUCCGCUCCCAUGCUGACGUGCCUGCCAUUGACUGUGAAUACUGUGAUGCACGCCUGACAUCCUACAGCAAGUACGUGUACCACUGCCGCACCCUGCACGCUAACCAGCUUGAGGACCGCCUUGAGUUAAAGUGUGACUACUGCGAUGAGUGUCUGCCCAACCGCAUUGUGCUGAACCAGCACAUGGCUCGCCGUCACGGUCAGAACCAUCAGAAUGCACCCAAGAACAUGUGUCCAGUAUGCAAAAAGUAUUUUGUGCAUGUUGAUGUGCACAUGAACAUACAUACGCGCGCUGUUCAGUUCCCUUGUGAGGAGUGUGGGGAGGUGUUCUUCAUGCAUUCCAGUCUGCUGGGCCACCGCAAGGUGCGCCAUGACCAGAAUGCCAGGACCCACCUGUGCACUGACUGCGGCAAGAAGUUCAUCAAAAGCUCCCUCCUCAGGCACCACCAUGAGCAAGUACACCAGCACAAGCGCCAGUACUUCUGUGAGUACUGUGGCCGCAACUACAAGACUAAGUCGUCCCUCACCUAUCACCUGAAGGCUCAUACCGGCGAGCGUCCUUAUAAGUGUGAGGACUGUGGCAUGGGCUUCCACCGUCCCUCCACCCUCAAAACCCACAUUGAAGGCACACAUAACCGCCCAUACCCAUAUAUAUACCGCAAAGCUCACCGUCGCGCAGGUGCCGGAGUUGUGGCGGAGGCAGAAGUGAGGGUGGAGGCAGGGGCGGGGCAGGGCAGCCAGGAGGUCUCUGCCGUAGUGGAAGUUGAUGUCACAAAAUCUGUCGAUGUAGUCGAUGAAGUCGGGAUAGAGAUGACCUUGGUGAAUGAGGAAGAAAGGAGAGGCGGCGAAGGGGAUGUGGCUGAAAUGGUGACUAUUGUGGAGGGACUGAGGGACCUGCCCAGUCUGUAUGGAGAAAAUGGUAGCCAGGAUGUUUAUGUCAUACAGGCGCUUGAUGACUCUUAGCCCAUCCACUCUGCCCUACAUUCCACCCACUGUGCCUCUAGCGUUGUCCCCCCCCCAACUUUCACCCACCUGCACAACCUGGCCAUGAUGCUACUUGUGAGCCCACAGAGCUGCCUCAUCACAAGGAAGAACUAAGGCUUGGCACAAUAAAUCUGAUCAUGGUCAGCAGAUUUGUAUUUUUUUGAGGGAGGGUCACUGGUGUGUGUGUGUGUGUGUGUGUGUGUGUGUGAUAUUUUGGCAGGGAAUGGCCAGGAUAUGGUCACUUAUAAUUAUUACUCAUUAUCACCACAGUUGUUGUCAUUAUCAUCAUCGUUAUGUUUCAAGCAAUGGGUUUGUAUUACUUUGAAAAGGAAAUAAAAAUUCAUUCCAAGAACAUAAAACUUCUUACAUUUUCUAGUCUUAAUGCACAGGGAAAAAGAGUGAAAUUAAUGUGAUAAAAAAUGAACAUAAAUAUUUGAUUGAAGUUGUGAACAGAGCCUCUCACCCCACCACUUAUUUAGCCCAGUAGCAGUGGGGAUCAUGUUUCCUAAUGGUCCCUCCAAACGAGAAAAAUGAGAAAAAAUCAUCACUCACACAAACCAUUUCAUAAUAUAUAUCAAAGCAUUUGUGAUCAGUUUAUGCAUCAUUUAUUUUGCGGGGUUUAUAUCAUGGCACAAAUUUGGCCCGUCGCUGCUACACGGUAAAGCCACAAAUUUGGCCCGUCGCUGCUACACGGUAAAGCCACAAAUUUGGCCCGUCGCUGCUACAUGGUAAAGCCACAAAUUUGGCCUGUCACUGCUACACGGUAAAGCCACAAAUUUGGCCCGUCGCUGCUACACGGUAAAGCCACAAAUUUGGCCCGUCGCUGCUACCGGGUUAAAAAGCUGCUUGUUUUGAGAGUGAAGCAUGUUGUGAGGGUAAGGAAGGGACUGAGGUUCUCAAGUGUACUAAAAAGGCGCUGCUACUGCAUUUCUAUUGUCUUACAGAGGUAGACAGAACUCCUCAAUUGAUUAUAUACACAUUCAGUUCUUUCUCGACUCUUCAAACAGCUUUUUAAGUGUAGUCAUUCUGUAAUUUUCCAUAUACUUAACCCAUCCGCUGCAAUUGUGACGGAUUUGGCUUUCACUGGUAGCCUGGUAACAUAUACUCACAGGUCUUUCUCUGCCUCUGUGGUGGAUACUGGAGUGUUUCCCAUGUGGUUUUGGUAUGCUGGAUAUCCCCUACUAAGGUGCAUGACUACAUUUUUCUUCAGUGGAUUGUAGCAGCCACUUUUUGAUCCAUUCCUGUAGCUUGGUGAUGUCUUCUGGUAGGAUAUCCACAGUAAAGGGGUUAAUUUACCUUACAUUGCAUCACAAAGACAAGUACAUUUCAUGCAACUCAAGAAUCAUAACAAGAGGUGACUCAUACUUAUACAAAUGUUAGCAUACUAAAACAAGUCCUCUCCAAACUUACCAGCAGCAGGCUCCUCUUAACCAUUCAUUAGCUUGACAGAGGCACACGGAUUUGAGCCCCAGCUACUGGUAACCUGUGUUCUGCAUUUCUCUUUUCUUACACGAUGAAGCAUCCUGUCUCUACUACGGUCAGUUCUUGUUUGAACUUACCUUGGCUCAGAGUUCUAUAUGGAGACACACUUACGGGCAGUUGUUCACCACCCUGCCCUUAUCAUCUGGCUAAGGGAGGUCACAGUCAACUUAAAAGUGAAAAUAAUAUAAGGGUACUCUGUGACUCUGAGGCAAGUUAACACAGGCCUAAAGGGCAUAUCUCCCUCCACAUUACCAUCAUCAGUGUAUGUAGUCACUCAUUAUCCAGGAUACAAUACAAACCAACUUACUGCACAUACUUCAAGAAAGGAACUCUUAUUUAUCAGCAAGUAGAAGAAAACUUUGACGUCUUUCAUCAAGGAGGGAACGUUAUUCAAGAGGGAGAGGAAGAAGGCAUGAGAGAGAGAGAGAGAGAGAGAGAGAUUACUUAAAUACCAAAAAAUAUAAGGUGUGGCCUAAUCUAAUAUAAGGGUUCAGUGUAGUGUUUAUACAGAGUGGAGAUGUUUACAGGGAAAGCAUCCUAUAUUUCUAAGGGGACCAAGUUAAGCAUUAUCAGAAUUGCUUAGUGAAUGCAAAGAAAGUUACUGAAGCGAUCAAUAACUGUAGAGUGGGAGGUUUCAAGAGGAGAAAGGGAAAGAGAAGGUGAGGGGCUGUUCUUCGUGCCUCUGAAAGGAGAAAGUGGAAGAGGAUGGGGAGCUGCAUUAAUAUAACUUCUGAGAAAAGAAACAGAGAAAGAGAAACUGUUGUUCGUCCUCUGCCGUCUCCACUUGUUCUGGCCUGAAAGUUAUUCAGAGGAUGGUGUUGAGGACGGUGGACCAGCAGCAUUUUGAACAAGUUUCCAUCCUCCAGAUUUUAGAGGGCGACGUGUUCCUAAAAGUCUUGUUUUCAUAAUACUUUUUGUGUUGUUUGAGUUGGUAGUGUUGUCAAUCCACUGGGGAUGCUUGUGGUAGCGCUGUGACUGAAUGUAUUCCUAUCUAUAUGUAUUCACAUCAGUUUCGUAGAACAUUAGCAUUGGUGUUAUGUUUCCCCUGUGGUUACUGCUGUAGAUGUGUCCUUGCUGGUGACAGCGAGGAGCGUGGUAAUGUAGAAGUGAGGCGAGCGGAGCCGUACUGAC